AUCUACACAUUGACUACUGCUAAUGAACUGAAAGCUGUUCCACGUGGUUGUAGAACAACGAAUAUAAUGGUAUAGAUCUGCUUGAGGUCGCUUCUUUUGAUAUAAAGCAUUUUACUAAUAUAGAAAAUUCUGCUUCAUUAAAUGUUUAAAUAACGUUGCUGAUACUUUGAUCCUGAAGGGCAAGUUAGCUUUUUGGUUAGCAGCUACCUGCAACCGACUUCUUAAACUAGGUUUGCUGCUCUUAGCUGGUCUCGCAGACUUGCCCGACUGGUGUUCAGCUGGUUUUAUGUGUAAGUCAACUGGUCUUUCAUACUGACCAGUUGAUAAGGAAAAAAAAAAAAAAAACCUUAAGCUGUUUUAUGCCAUUUAUUGAGGCAUACUUUACCAAGUUAUUAAACGCAGAUAUGCAGGUAUGGAAAAUGAGUGUCCAAGCAUUCAGAGUCUCUAACCAAACUAGGAAUAGAAGAUGUUUGGUUGGGCUGAAUGAAUUAUCUUUUACACCAACAUCUUUAACACUACAUGCAGCACUUUUCUUUUCAAGUGACAGUGUUUCAAAGUCAGAUGAGAAACUCAAAAAGAUAUUUGUGUCUAGGCAGCAUAAAUAUACUGCUAACAGAGACGAUUUUCCCAAAUCAACAAAAACACAGAGGAGACAAUCUCAAGCAGCUCCGUCUUCAAUAACAGAGAGAAAAGUGUCAUCAGAGCUUCAGAAACUAAGGUUUGAGGAUUUCAGUGAGUCAGAAACCAAAAGGACUUUGGGGCAUAUCCAAAAAGAGUCAAAUGAAGAACAGUUGGAGAUUGUGUUUGGGGUGGCCCCAUGUUUGCUGGCCCUCACUCAGGGUAGAAGGAGGUUGAGUCGUCUUUUUGUGAAGAACGGUGAGGGGCUGCAGAGAGAUGCGAUUCUGAGGGUCUGUCAGGAGGCUGUCAGACGUGGUGUGCAGAUACAGAGAGUCAGCAAGCAAACACUUGACAAGAUGUGUGGUGGAAAGGUGCACCAGGGAUUGUGUCUGCAGGCAAGUUCUCUUGGGUUUAUCAAUGUGGAAAGACCAAUAACAUCUCAAGAGUUGAGGAAUGACAGGGCAUUAUGGCUGGUUUUGGAUGGAGUGCAGGAUCCCAUGAAUCUUGGUGCCAUUUUGCGGUCUGCCUACUUCCUGGGAGUGGAUCGGAUUGCCAGCAGCAUUCAAAACAGCUGUCCUCUGACGCCCACAGUGAGCAAAGCCAGUGCUGGUGUGAUGGAGGUCAUGGAGGUGUUUGGCUACAGCAAUUUGAAAGAUAUGAUAAAGGUGAAAGCGGAACAAGGUUGGGAAGUAGUCGGCACUGUUGGAUUAGAGGAAGGCAAUCCUGAAUCCCCUGUUAUGCCAUGUUCAGAUUUCAAGAUGUCCAGACCUACACUGCUGUUAAUGGGUGGAGAGGGUGACGGUCUGUCUCCAGAACUGCGUCAGCUGUGUGAUGUCCUGCUCACCAUCCCUCCACGCAGAAACAUGCACCCUGGAAUAGAGUCACUCAAUGUAUCUGUAGCCACAGGCAUCCUGCUGCACUCUCUUCUGUCCACACGCACAGGAAGCUGCUGAUGAUGGCAACAACGACAAGGCAGCAGCAUGAUUUACUCAGACGUCUCUCAUUAGCCCCCUACAGUGAUUAAUGACUGGAUUACUUCAUCAAUUAACAGUCUGAGAGUCUGGAGAGGCCCAUUGAUCAGAUAAAGAGAGGAUGUAGAUGCAUUCUGGUCCAGUUACUGACUAUGACCACCUUGUUUAAGACAAGACCUGCACUUUACAGGGUCUCUACAAUCUCUGGGAAAACGUGCUUUUAAAAACAGAGGUGUAAUGUUUAAUUAUUCAUCUUAUCAAAAUGCACUUUAUUCACCAAGUGUGCACAAGUACACAAGGAGUUUGGUUUGUUUUCCAAGAGCUCGAGGUACUUAUAUAAAACAAUUAUUAUUCAUGAAACAUGCUAAUUAGUUAUUUUGCUUCAUCACUGUAAACAUUUGCCACAUAAAGAUGGAUGAAAAUACA